CACCGGCGGGCACAGGCAGCGCCCACGCACCGCACCGCACCCCGCCUGCGAGCGCGCGCGCGCCUCUGGCUCGGCGCGGGCGGCUUGGCCGCGCAAAGGCGGUUUCGGCUCCAGACGCGGCAGCGGCGUUUGGAGGAGGCGGCGGCGGCGGCGGCAGCAGCGGCGAGCGCUGGGUUUGGCCGGCUUCCCCGCGGGACCUCGGCUCUGGCGGCCCAGAUGAGUGACAUUGGAAUCAAGAACAUGGAUCAGGUAGCUCCUGUAUCUAACAUCUACAGAGGAAUGCUCAAGCAUCAACCAGCAUUUGACGUCUUUGAUGUCACAAGCUCUUUGUUUGCAGGAUAUUUUCCCUCAUUAAAUGAAGAUCAAACCCUUCAAGAAGUACCAACAGGGUUUGAUUCAAUUUCUUAUGAGUCAAACAGCUGUGAAUUGCCCCUCUUAACCCCAUGCAGUAAGGCUGUGAUGAGUCAGGCCUUAAAAGCUACUUUCAGUGGCUUCGCAAAGGAACAGUGUCGUCUGGGUAUCCCAAAUAAUCCUUGGCUGUGGACUGAACAGCAGGUUUGCCAGUGGCUUUUCUGGGCUACCAGGGAGUUUAGUUUGGCAAAUGUGAACUUUCAUCAGUUUGUCAUGAAUGGCCAAGACUUGUGCAACCUGGGCAAGGAACGUUUCUUGGAGCUAGCUCCGGAUUAUGUAGGCGACAUUCUGUGGGAACACCUGGAACAGAUGAUAAAAGAUAGUCAAGAGAAAAGACAGGACCAAUAUGUUGAAAACUCUCAUCUUACCUCAGUCCCACACUGGGUCAACAACAACUCAUUAAGUUUUAAUACAGAACAGGCCUCUUAUGGUAUGCAAAUGCAUAGCUACCCCAAAGCCAGCCUCCUGAGUGACUUAUGUCAGACUUCUGCAGGACCAAAUCUCCUCGGCCCUGAUCAAGACUUUUCCAUGUUCCCCAAAGCUCAGUUAGAGACAGUCAAUGUGAACUACUGCUCCAUGACCCACGACUUCACAAACAAUCUGAACUUGCUGAUAGAUAACUCUGGUAAGCCCAGAGAGCAUGAAUCCAGUGACAGCGGCACAGAAAGUUAUGAAAGCACAGAUUCUCAACUUCAGUCUUGGAACAGCCAAUCAUCUUUAGUGGAUGUACAACGUGUGCCCUCUUAUGAAAGCUUUGAAGACGAUUGUAGCCAGUCUCUAUGUCUGAACAAACCUACAAUGUCUUUCAAAGAUUACAUUCAAGAAAGAAGUGAUCCUGUAGAGCAAGGGAAACCAGUUAUACCAGCAGCAAUUCUAGCAGGCUUUACAGGCAGUGGACCUAUCCAACUGUGGCAAUUCCUUCUGGAGUUACUAACAGACAAAUCCUGUCAGUCAUUUAUUAGCUGGACUGGAGAUGGCUGGGAGUUUAAACUUGCUGACCCAGAUGAGGUGGCACGACGGUGGGGAAGGAGGAAAAACAAGCCAAAAAUGAACUAUGAGAAACUAAGCCGAGGCCUGCGCUAUUAUUAUGAUAAGAACAUCAUCCACAAGACAUCAGGGAAGCGCUAUGUGUACCGGUUUGUAUGUGACCUACAGAACCUGCUGGGGUACACGGCAGAGGAACUUCAUGCCAUGCUGGGAGUGCAGCUAGACACAGAAGAUUGAGCAUUGCAAUAUCGUGCAAAACUGGCAAAGAUUGCAAGAUUUUGAACUGUGACUAGGACCUAUCUACAGUCGGUCUUGACUGUUCAGAUUGGUGCAACUGUUAAGAAAUAAGGACCUUGAACUGGUUUUGUAAUCGGGGAAAGCUGAAGGAAGAAGUGGCCUUAUUUCAUCAGACGCAAUGGCUUCAAGUAUUGCUGCACCAAGUUCUUUAGAGCAGUGUGGCAGAUGGCACAGUGCCUAGCUCUAACCUGAAGACAUGAAAAUGCUCUAGGGUUAAAUAUUUUGGCUUUUUACACUGCCAUAUAAUUAUGGGUUGUUUUUAAUACCAAAGGUUGGAGAGUGACCAAUAAUACAUCAGAAUUCUAGCUCAAAACUUAACAACCACGUUGCUUACAUCAUGAUAUGCAUUUUUUUUU